AUGAGUUACGAUCCGCGAAUCGCCGCCCGAACGUACGGCGCGCGAGAAGAGGAGGAUGGAGACACGAAGAAAGGGUCCGUACGCGCAGCGCGGAAGGCGUUACAGGAAGCAAGAGUACAGGGGCAGUUGCCGGACAGGUCAAAGAUAAUAGGAUUGCCGUCAAGGCCUAACCAGCGUCUUGCGCCAGCUGGAACUAGAGAUGCAGGACCUGCUCUUUCUCCUACUCCACAGUGGCCCUUGACAAACGACGCUGACGAUGUCCUGGAUUCAAGACCUGGUCCACCACAGCCUACCCGAGGACCACCGCCUCAACGGCCACCACGCCCAACGUCGGACGAAUUACCUAUACAACAACCUUCCCCAGGAUACCGCGACUCCUUCACCAGCGAUGACCCAUUCUCGCCCACAUCUGGUCCCUCAUCGCGCCCACUCACCACGUCGUCCGCUGCCUCGGAAGCUUCUUCGUUAGGAGAGAUACCUGACUUUCCCGUACCUCAACCGCCGAUGCCUGCCAUACAACCACUUCCGCGCCGCAUACCCAGCCUUGGACCUCCCCCGUCAGCUCGAAGAGGACCAUCGUCGUACUACACCCAGAUGUCCUAUGUGUCACCAAUCGCCGAAGAAGCGGAGACUCGCUCAAACACAAUACGAUCGCAUCAUGGGUCUUUCGCAUCGAGUAUGGCUAUCCCUGCGAAUGAAGACCUCUACUUCGAGGAUCCGUAUGUGCGCUCUGACGAUGAAGAGACCAUAACAAGUGACCACGGGCGCUUCUCGCCAGGGAGCGAUCAUGACGAUAGAAGCGGGUUGGUAACGCCGGCGAUUGUUCGACAAGCCAGUUUGGGACGAAGAACGAAACCUUCAAUGAUGACCAUAAAGUCCGUCGAUAGUUCAUCGAUAAAACGGAAGGGAUCGCCUCCCGACGAGAAAGAGUGGGAAGCAGGGAUUGGAGGUGCGGUACUUGCAGCAAGAGAUGGAAUUGGGGGGAACGGCCCCGCGCGACUAAGAGAGAUUUCGCCCGACGAUGCUUCGCUGGAUUCUCCCACGUACGCUGAAGCAAGAUUCAGAGACCCCGAGAAGGACAUGGAUCCAGAAAAAGACGGCUCAUUAGCAGGCCCAGCAUUUCGCCUUCAAGGGUCUCGUGGAACUGGUUUUGCGGAUCGCCCUGGGAGGCCUCGUCCACCACGUCUCGAUGUCGAUGCAGUACGCGAGGCUGAGGCACGCGGCAGUUUGACCAGCCUACCAGAGUUGAUCAGACGCGCGACGCGACUUGCUGCAAAUCUCGACAGAGGCAGGACCGCAAGCCGGCUGGGUCUGGACUUUUGGGAAGCGGGAGCACCCGACAAGAAACACAACUCGAAUUCAAUGGGCGACAUGCUGGCGGCUUUCCCUCCACCUGCACAAGGGACGCCGGUCCGUGGAACUACACCAGACCAGAGGCGCAUGUCAAAGUGGCCUGCGGCGGGCGAAUAUGGAGCAGACUCUGCCAUGAGCGAUCGCAAGAGCGAGCGCCGGAGGAGAUGCUGCGGUAUGCCCAUGUGGACCUUUGUGACACUCUUGAUCGUACUCUUGUUCCUCGUCGCAGCCGCAGUCAUCAUACCCAUUGUUCUAGUGGUCAUCCCGAAAAUGAAGAAUCAAGCAGGAAAAGCCGCUCAGGACACGCAAGGCACGGGUACGGCCACGGCCACCACCAGCUCUGCGCAACCUACUGGCUCGACCGGAAGCCAGAACAGUCAGUGCAGCGGUAUCAUCACAUGCCAGAACGGAGGUGUCGCGAUUCCCAACGCUGAUCGUUCUUGCAACUGUGUCUGCAUCAACGGAUUCACGGGAAAGACAUGCGCCACGGAAGGAGACUCCGGAUGUACCACAACAAGCAUCGGGAGCACUGCGAACAAUGCUACCGUGGGCUCGGGCAUUCCCAGGCUCAUCGAGAGUGCUGAGAGCGAUUUCCAGAUCCCUCUCGACUCCACGCGUCUCCUGACACUGUUCUCCGGUCUCUCAUUGAGCUGCACGGCCGAGAACGCGCUCAUCACGUUCAAUGGACUCGCUUCCCGCUCUGCCGCUGCUGCGUACAUGCCUAUCUUUGUCGAAACCUCCACCACGCCCUCGCGCUCGCUUCCUCUUCUCGACCAGCCUCAUCCUGAGCCAGCUACCCUUCAGAAGCGCCAGGCCAUUGGUAACGUAGGAUCCGCAAACGAGAACGCAAACGCUGCCGCAUCGGCCUCUGCGACCGUCUCCGCAAAGUCAGCAGCGGCCAGCACGGUCCCAAUCUCAAGCAAUCCCACUGCUCUUGACUUCGCACGCCUCGGCGUUCUCCUGUCGCUCCAAGUGAGCGGCAAGCUCGACACCGCCGCCAGCGCGCAGGAAUCCAUCCAGAAUUUCCUGAGCAACGACCGGUCUGGGUCCUCCAAGUCGAACUCGGUGGACCUUGACGUCUUCACCAUCGACCUCGUGCAGUUCACGAUAAAGUUCGACAACGGGACCACCGUUCAGGCUUCGGUGCCGACAUCUACAUCUUCGUCUUAA